AUAACUGGUAAUUCUUCAUCAUCUCAUCAUUUACAAUUAUGGUCAACACAGGCCUAGAAAAUGUUAUGCUUAUGGCUGGUGGAGGGCUUCAUAGUCUUGCAUUAACUAAUACGGGGAAAAUUUAUUCUUGGGGCAAGAAUGAAUCUGGUGAAUUAGGUCUUGGUGAUGAUAUGAAACGAAACACCCCAACCCUUGUUGUAUUUCCUGGUGAUUUGAUCAAUAGCCGAAUCAAAAAUAUUACUGCUGGCUAUAAUUAUUCCUUAUUCUUAUUCGAAAAUGGGCAGCUUUUGUCCUGUGGUAAUAACAAUCGUGGCGAACUUGGUCUCGGUGAUAAUGUGAUGCGAUCAAAACCAACAAUUAUACCUAUUGAAAAAAUACAACAAGUAGUAUGUUCGAAAGUUUUUGAUUUUUCAUUGGCAUAUGAUGGAUCAUCAUAUUAUGCCUGGAUUAGAACCAAGAAUGGCAUUUGGACAUCACCUACAAAAUUAGAUGAUCAACCUGUAUCAUUUGCAUCUGCAUCGGCAAUGAUACUAAAAUCACCAAUCACAUUUGGCCUUACACCUAAAACCUAUUUAUUCGGAUCACAUAAUUCAAUAUGUUACAAAUCAAUCAUCCGAUUAUUUGACAAUCCAGAUAAUUAUGAUUUCGAAUUUAUUGUUGGUAAAAAUCGUAUACUGGCUUGUAAAUGUUAUUUGAAAAUUGUAUCACAAUAUUUUAAUCGAAUGUUUUCUGGCGAUUGGAGUGAAAAUAAUCUGGUAACCAUCAAUGCUUAUGAUUAUGAUACAUACUAUGCCUAUCUCCGUAUGUUGCACAAUGGCUUCAUUAAAAUUGAUAAACAAAACCUUACCAAAUUUAUUGAUCUAGCCAAUUGUUAUUGUGAUCAACGAUUAAUAGGAUAUUGUAAAACAUUCAUACGAUAUGAUCUCAAUGAACAAACAAUAAGCACAUAUCUUCCAGUAAUUAUCAAGUAUGAACUGAAUGAUGUGCACGAUAAACUUAUCCAGAUUACUAUUGAUCAAGUUUUUCCGAAACUUACUGACAUUUUUCUUGAAGACGACAAAAAUUCCGUUGUUAAAUUUCUUCAAUGGUUUUGCAAUCAACAAUAAUAUUCUUGUGGAUGAAUCCUGAUUACUGUUUUUGCUUUGAUUAUCCAUUUUUUUUCUGCCAAAAAUUAAUCAUAUAAUGUAAAUAUUCAUUAAAGAUUCUAAUUAGAAUCUAUUUCA